AUGUGUGCAAAAAAGCUCAAGUAUGCAGCAGGUGAUGAUUUUGUACGCUAUGCCACGCCCAAAGAAGCCAUGGAAGAAACUAGACGAGAAUUUGAGAAAGAGAAACAGCGACAGCAACAAAUGAAGACUACUCAACCACAGGCUACCAACACCAGAAUCCAUUCAGCUCCAAUUUCUUUGCAAACUCAAUACGUCAAAAACAGAGUUGAAAGUGGGCACCAGUCUUAUGGAUCUCCCCAAAACUUUUCUCCAAGACAUACAAAAACACCUGUUGAUCCUCGAUAUAAUAUGAUAGCACAGAAACCGGGAGGUAGACCUAUACCCCCAAUACAGAAUCAUUGUAACAGUGUAAGCUCUUCCUCUCAACGCAUAGCCUCUUCUCCUCCUCCUCCCUUAAUGUAUAACCAAACAGUGCCUGCACAAGUUUCAAAGAAGGUUGCACCUGUUCCAUUUGAUAAUAAAGAAGAUGUACGAGACAUGCAAGUGGCUAUCCAGUUAUUUCAUAAUCAUGAUAUCAAGGGCAAGAACCGACUGACAGCGGAAGAGCUACAAAACUUACUACAAAAUGACGACAACUCUCAUUUUUGUAUGUCAUCAGUAGAUGCACUAAUAAAUUUAUUUGGUGCUUCGAGGUUUGGCACCGUAAACCAGACAGAAUUUAUUGCCUUAUACAAGAGAGUGAAAAGUUGGAGAAAAAUUUAUGUAGACAAUGAUAUCAACAGAUCGCUUACCAUCUCUGUAGGUGAGUUUCAUAAUUCACUCCAAGAACUAGGGUAUCUAAUACCUUUCGAAGUCAGUGAGAAAACAUUUGAUCAAUAUGCAGAGUUCAUAAACAGAAGUGGGACAGGAAAAGAGCUAAAAUUUGAUAAAUUCGUAGAGGCUUUAGUUUGGCUGAUGAGAUUAACAAAAUUAUUCAGGAAAUUCGAUACUAAACAAGAAGGCAUUGCGACCAUACAGUACAAAGAUUUUAUCGAUGCUACAUUAUAUUUGGGUCGUUUCUUACCUCAUUGA